CAUUAGCACUGAGCGAAGUAUUAUAGAAAACGGUCUAAAAAUACCACUCACUCUCCUUGAGUCGUGUACCCGUGGCAGUAUCAAAAAUGUCAAACGUGCUUCAGUUUAAAUAUGAUAGGGGAUACCUUAACGUUGGUAGGUGAGUUAACUCCCCUUUCCUGAAGAUGAACUAAUUGUGUCUACCCCGGCUGAUUGUAUACGAGCGGUAUAUCGAUCGCCUGUCUGUACAGCACGGCGUUGUUCCGUAUGUUGUAACGAGAGGCAGAAACUACAAAACAGAAUUUUCUAUUGUAUGCAGAACGAAGGCACGCAGCGAUGGAGGCGAAUUCUCCUCCUCGUCUUCUCAGCACGGAGUAAAGUUUAAAUCCUUAAUCAUUUUGGGAGGCCAAAUUAAGACCAAGGGAAUUUUAUAUGUAAUUCUACGUAAUAUGGAUACAACGGACGUGAUAUGUAAAAGUUGUGAAUGGAAGAUUUAAUCAGCGUUUGCUAUGGAUCAGUGGGUUAACGUUGGCGGAACGUGAGAUGGUAAGGUGGUCAUGUUUGGCGUUUAUUUUGGAAUAGGGUCAUUGUCUGCAUGACCUUUUGUACUAUAACAAAUUAAAUAUCCAAAAUUGUUUUCAUUCCAAAUUUUGAGUCUCUUUCACCGAGUAAGGGGAACGUAAUGGCGUCGGUUGCAGCAUGGUUGCCUUUUGCCCGGGCCUCGGCGAUUGGGUGGGUACCCGUUGCCUCAAAUCCCCUCCCUCCUCCCAUGGUCAGACAGGAAGACAGGCGAGGGGAUGAGAAAAUCACAAUCAAUGUUAGUGGGAGGGUUUUUGAAGUAUGGCGGACGACAUUAGAAAAAUUCCCUGACACUCUUCUAGGCUCUAACGAAAAAGAUUUCUUUUACGACGAAGAAUGUAAAGAUUACUUCUUUGACAGAGACCCCGAACUUUUCCGACAUAUACUGAACUACUACCGAACUGGAAAGUUACAUUACCCUAAACACGAAUGUCUUGCGGCUUAUGACGAGGAACUUUCAUUUUUUGGGAUUCUUCCCGAUCUCAUAGGGGACUGUUGUUAUGAGGAUUAUCGCGACCGAAAACGAGAAAACCAGGAACGACUUAUUGACGACAAGAACUCUGAAAAUGGACACCUAGAGCCCGUGGCUAAUCUCAGGGAGCGAAUGUGGAGAUGGUUUGAAAACCCCCACAUUGGGACCGCUGCCCUGGUCUUUUACUAUGUAACAGGCUUCUUUAUAGCCGUGUCUGUGUUGGCUAACGUUACAGAAACUAUACCCUGCGGGGUUAUUCCGGGUACCCACGAAAACCCAGCGUGUGGGGAACGAUAUGAAUUAGCAUUUUUCUGUUUAGAUACAGCUUGUGUGAUGAUCUUUACAGCCGAAUAUUUACUUCGCCUUUAUGCAGCACCCGACAGGUGUAAAUUCAUGCGUAGUGUCAUGAGCGUCAUUGAUGUUGUGGCUAUUCUUCCGUAUUACAUAGGACUCGUCAUGACUGAAAAUGAUGACGUCAGUGGCGCUUUCGUCACUCUUCGAGUAUUUCGUGUUUUUAGGAUCUUCAAAUUUUCCCGCCACUCACAAGGUUUACGAAUUCUAGGAUAUACACUUAAGAGUUGUGCGAGUGAGUUGGGCUUUCUUCUAUUUUCACUGACCAUGGCUAUAAUCAUUUUUGCUACAGUGAUGUUUUACGCCGAAAGAAAUGUGGAGGACACAAAAUUCACAAGUAUUCCCGAGGCAUUCUGGUAUACCAUCGUAACCAUGACAACCCUAGGUUAUGGUGAUAUGGUGCCAAAGACAAUUGCCGGAAAAAUAGUUGGUGGUUUGUGUUCCUUGAGCGGUGUUUUAGUCAUUGCACUUCCUGUUCCUGUCAUAGUGUCCAACUUCAGCAGAAUUUAUCACCAAAACCAAAGAGCUGACAAACGAAAGGCACAAAAGAAAGCGAGAAUAGCACGUAUUCGAAUGGCCAAAAACGCCAGUGGCGCCGCCUUUAUCAGUAGUAAGAAGCGGGCGGAAGAGGCAAUGCGGGCGAGGGAAAGUGGUCUAGAGGUGGAGGAUCUAAAAAACCAAGAUACGUUAGAGAUGCAACACCACCAUCUGCUCAGCUGCUUAGAAAAGACCACAGACCGAGAAUUUGUGGAAUUGGAUAUGGCGUUUAAUGGGGCUCCAAACAAACCCUCAGAGACGCCCCCUCCUUCUCCAGACCCCUCUCUGACGUCACUAGACAGGCGGAAAGAUUCGGGGUGCUGCGGUCGUAGGUUUUCGCCACAUCGAAGAUUUCUCGUAAAGCGACGAAACACCGAUACGGAUCAGGAUGACCUAAACGAUAUUCAAAUUCGACUUCCAACUAUAAACCGAUCAUCUAGAUCAAACUUAAACGCUGUCAGCGGCGGUACUACAACACCUAACAGCAAAUCAAACAACCUGACUGUCACAACCGCUAUCGUUACAUUACCCACACCUAGUACAACUCCUGAGACCGAGUCUCUCCUGGCGCAAACUGACCAGGCUCCACCUCCUUACCAACAGACUUUAUCACAGAGUCAACAAACUUCACAAAACACAGGAGAUGUGGUGAAAAUCUCUUCAUUGUGAUAAAAGAUCGUGCGUUAAUUCGAUCUUAACGUCUCACCAAUAAUUUAUUAACAAAUCUUACCGAUGGACAUCGCAAACUUGCGUUUGAUAGGCAAUAAUGUUGAGAGUUAUAUGCUUUUUGGAAAAUGUUAUGAGAAUUCGUACCUCAAGGAAAAGUUUGAAGAGUGCAUUUGAUGAAAGAGGAGCUUAAAUCAAAAUAAUUGAUGCGAUGACAGAAAAACAAAAUCAAACACGAGAAACGAUGUUACAUAGUUGCUACGAAUUCUGCCCAGUUUAUUCCAUGUUUCAUUGAGUAUCGUGCACUGACCACGGCUGUUUGCGGAAUGUUUAAAUCAGUGUGAUUUUUUCACUUCUUGACCACGUGAUUUUUUUCCUGCGGAAGAAUAUUUAUGACAAUUUGUCACGUGAUACUUUCCAGAGCGAUGAUUGAUAACCGUUGUUUUUUUCUAAUAUAUGUCUUUAGAAAAUAUUGCUCACGUAUGUGUAGAAUUUACAUUUUUGUAUUUUCAUCAGAUCUCAUGCCAUUCCAUGUGAUACUCUCCCAUACAAAGCGAGAUAACUCCAUUUUGAACUGGAUGACCGUAUGACUACUGCACAAGACCUGCUAUGCAUUGCAAACGAAUUCAACAUGUUAUAUAUACAUAUAUAGACUCAACAUUCCUAGAAAAAUAGUAAUUUAAUUGUUGACUAUGGAUUGGUCUUUUGCAGUUAACCCAGCUUAAACUAUUCAUUCAUAUCAGAGCAUACGACAUUGGGUAUUAAAAUUUAUUCAAGCAAACUCUUUUACUUGAAGGUUGAAGCGUGUAAAACUCGAAGAACAGGUCAUAUUAAUUAAUUAACUGCAUUUUUUUUUUUGAAUCAUAUUCUUAACAUGCCAGCCCCUUAUCAAAGAAUUUGGAUUCGCAGUAUCUCCACAAACUGAAAUAUAAUGUUAAAAUAUAUUUUGCCAAAUACAGCCCUUCUCUUCCAUGAUAUUAAAAAAAUUAGGGAUAAGAACUAACACUAUGAAAAUGGCAUCCCUGUAUGUGAAAAUAUUUAGAAAAAAGAUUUGCACCACGACCAAUAUGUCUCACCUAGAUGAAAAUGGAUUGAAGUGUUGCAUAAAUAUGCUAAGCGCCGCAACCUUUUCAAACCUCACUUAAAUUAUCGCUCAUAUUCACCACCGUUUCAUCUACUUGUAUAUAGACAUUAUCAUAUGGAAUCUUAAGUCUUUUCUUUUUGGGGGGUACAAUAAAAAAUAGAAAUCUAGUGAUAAAUAAAUAGAUCAAUCUCAUGAUAUCAACUUCAGUCUUCAAUAAGCAUGGUGAACUUGGGAAUGGGGUCUACAAAUUGAGAUAAUCAGACAACAAGAGUUAUGUCGAUGGCACAAUUGUAUAAAAAAAAGUUCUAUCAAGUCAAUUGAACCAUUUUCCCCCGAUUCUUGCAAUCCUUUUGUUCUUUAUCAAACAAGUAUUCACUGUUGCUGAAACCAUUAAUGUUAUUGGAAUUCUUUUUCAUUGCGUGAAUGUUAUUUUCAUACAUUUUGAACUUCUUUGUGUAAAUCAUACUUCAACAGUAUAUGUCACUAAACAGAAAGACCCACUUCGCGGAUGAAUACAUUCAGUCUGUUUUUUUCUGAAUGCGAACUAAUUGUUCCUUGUGUGCGACCGAAUGGAAGUGAGUAGCCCACUGUGAAGCCAUGUUUCUCUUGUUUUGAGGAGCGGAUCGACGUGGCGUUGAGUGAUUCAAAUUUGUUAUACUCUGCUUAGAAGGAUAAAUGACCUACCUUUGACCCGUGUGUGAAUUGUUCCGUGACUCGGGUUAUAGUGUACGUUAGAGCGGGUUUACCCGUUGUUACUGUUUUAAUACUACAAUAAAUUCCCAUUACAAUCUUAA